AGAGAAUCAUAGUGCUGACCAGAAACUAUAAGCUGCUGUACGAAUAAAUAAUUAACACGUACUCACUGUUCUAGUGAGCUAUGGAUGAAAGCGAAGAAGUGCCAAAAGAUUUUAUCAAGCUCAAGUCUGAAAAGCUCUCUGUAGAUGAAGUGUCAGAGCUGGUUGUUUCRCCAUACUGUGGAGCAGUGUCUCUGUUCAUUGGUACUACAAGAAAUAAUUUUGAAGGGAAAAAAGUGAUUCACUUAGAAUAUGAAGCAUAUACUUCAAUGGCAGAGACUGAAAUAAAGAAAAUCUGCAGAGAUGUUAGGCAGAAAUGGCCGUCAGUCAAACACAUUGCAGUGCACCAUAGGCUUGGCUUGGUUCCAAUAACUGAAGCAAGUGUAAUUAUUGCCGUCUCCUCUCCACACAGAGCAGAAUCUCUUGAAGCUGUGAGGUACUGCAUCAACACCUUAAAAGCGUCCGUCCCAAUAUGGAAAAAGGAGAUUUAUGAGGACGAAUAUUCUUGGAAAGAAAACAAGGAAUGCUUUUGGGCAAAUUCAGAAAAAUAACUGUACUCUUUUAAAAAUAAAGUCUUACUGUUCUAAUGAGCAUGCUGGUUUAGCUUUGAGUUGUUUUCAUGGAGAAUCUAUAUGUUUUCAGGCAGUGGUAAUAGAUGAUUCAAUCUGAACAAUUUAAUUAGGACUGAAUUAAAUGAAUGACUAGUAAUUAGGGUUUUUUAAGUGGUCUUGAUUUUCCUUUGAAAUAAUCUCUUUGUACUUUUUCAUCUGGAGUCAUUUUUAAAAACAAUCUUCUCUAAAAUUCUUGGUUGYGAGUGUUUUGUUUCCUCUGUGUUGUAUAGUGCUUUAAAGCCUUUAUGUUGCUAAUCUGUGUUCACGGUCUGCCUGGGUCAUAACAGGACAAUUUUUUUUUUUUYCCUUAAAAACAUGCUGUGUUUAAUUUUAUAUGAACACAGAAUCAGUUUGCAAGCCUUAUGCUAUUUUGACAUUGUUGUAACAUGAAAGCUACUUGAAAUAGAUUAAACAUUUUGAUAUAGACAGAUGAGAAAAUAUAAACUAUACCCCAGAGUUAUUAUUUUUUUAUUGGUGGUUUCUGGUAGCUGUGUCUCACAGAAGUAUUUUUACCAUGCAACUGAUAUUACAAGCCCAUCACAUUAAAAAAAUAUGGACAAACCUUGAUUCAAAGUUAGAUCUAAGACUUUGCCAGCAACAAACUUGCAUUAGCAUUAACACGCAAACCCUUAACUACAUCUUAGCAAUGUCUAGACAUGAUUCAUUUUGAAGGAGCUUUUGUAACUGUGUAAUUCAGUGAUGCUGCUGGAAGAAAAAAAGCCAGCUUCUUUUACAGAGGCAACUUUUAAGAAUAAUUGGAUUUAGUAGUUUGACUUCAGAUAGGUUAGGAUUCAAAGUCAUCAAGAUGUAUAGGACAUUCAAAGCACAGUGAAAUCUGGUUUACUUCUUUCAGUUUAUAUUCAUGUUUAUACUUCUAAGACAGUUUUGUUACUGUUAUGAAACCUACCUAAAGAGGAAAAAGACUGACUCGCUAUGCACAGRCUUCCACUGAAAACAGUUGGCUGCCCACCAAAGAAAGAUCAUGUCUUCAUGUCAUCACUCUGUGCUAUUAUAGUGUUUGUAUGCUGUCUAGGACAUUUUUACUAAUGAAAUUUUUAUCUAAUUGUUAUUAUCAAUUUAAUCAAGAUAUAAAGGAUGGCAAAUGAAAGAGGUAAGGAGAAAUAAAAUGAUUUGCUAUAGCUUAUAAAUUUUUUCAUCCGACAACACUUGGGCCUCAGCCAUUUCAUCCAUUUCAUUGUGUCUGCAGUGAAAUC